AUGUCAGAGUCUGGGAGUGAAGCGAGCAAAGCAGCCAAGAAGAGAGAGUACAAUCGCAAUGCCCAGCGAGUCUUCCGGCAGCGACGCAAGGAACAUUUGAGCAAGCUUGAAGCAUCUCAACGAGAGUUGAACAAUAUCCAGGUCGAGGAAGUCGAACGUCUACGCCGCGAGAAUCAAGCGCUCGUGCAAGAAAACGAAUCACUGAAGGCAGCCUACGGGUCGCAAGCCAGCUCACCAGGGCCGACAACCAUCAGCCCUAGCGAGGUUAGAGGCUCGCCCUCUGGUUAUCUUGCUUAUGGCACUACACCUGGUGGCUUCUUAGGACCAGUCGCGGCCUCGCAGACGUUCGUCCCAGGCGCCGCGUCCGUUGCUUUGCCUGCACCUGCCACCACCCCAUUGUCGAGUACCAGCAGCGAUCCCAGCAACCUCGUGGUGGUGGUACCGAACAACAUCCGCGAGAUCCGCCGGUCGCUUCAUCAAAUGUUCGCGCCACUCCUGGAGAUCCACGUUAUCUCCAACCCUCAGACUCAUUUGGCUACCCUCGCAGCAAUGGAGCCAUCGCUACCAAGCCCUCUGAAACCUUCCCAACUCCAGCUUACUACGCCACAUCAUGCAUACAUCGACAUGCUUCCCUCGCCGAGCCUCAGAGACCGACUCAUCGCGAUCGGGCCUGCAAAUACCAACACUUUUCUUACAGAGGCAUGCACCAUUGCAUGCGACACCGAGGACACGGGACAAAUGAUAGUUUGGGGAGAAGAUUGGCUGAAUGAAUUCUCGUGGGAGUUUUCGGCUAGCGUUCUGGAACGAUGGGGAGGCUGGCUCCUUACUUCUGAAUGGGGACAGAGAGCCAACUUUUGGCGACGACAAAGAGGAGCACCGGUUCUCCCAGGAUACGACUGA